AUGGUCGACCCGGUCUCUUACGUCAAGAUGUUCUUCCGCUCCGUCUUCUCCGUCUUCUCCCCCUCCACCACCACAAUCUGGCAGAACAACAUCGCCUACUCGAUCACGCUCCACAACCCCCGAGUGCUUCUCUACCGCGGUCCCGAGUCCUAUGUGACCUUUUCGAUCUAUGCCCAGGCAUACUCUGCCGAGGCACGGAAGCAACUCGAAGGCCUCUCGUCGCGGGACAUUCAGUCUGUUGUCAAGGGGACGAAUGUGCAGCUGGUGCAGAAGGGGUGGAUUGCCGGAGUUGUGGGAUGGAAUGCGGCUGGCUACCUGGGUGGUGGCGGUAAGAAGGGAUGGGAUGUGACUCCCGCCGGCCAAGUUGGGUGGAAGGACACGCAGGCGGAAGCGCAGGGGCUGAGCGCUAAGCAGCAGGAGGACGAGGAUUAUGGUGAGAAGCCGCAGUCCCGUCGCUACUCUUCCCGCGAUGGUGAGGAGUACGAGAUGCAAUCACUCACGAAGCCCAGCCAGGAGGCGCCGCAGGAGACACGACACAUCGCGCUCAAACGUAAGGAGAAAAUCGACAAGCAAAUCCGAGCCCAGUCGUCGACCAUCGACACGGUCGACACCGACACCCAAGCCACACGCGUGCUCGGCACGUACAAGUGUCGUAUUCCCGUGGAAACGGGUGAUGGCUACUUCCGAUUCUGGAUCACCUUCCCCUCGCCCGUCUCGCGCACACCCUUGGCUAUCGGAAGCCCCACCUUCCGUCUCUUCUCGUUCAGCCUCACCUCGGCUUCGCCUCGUGGAGCGGCACUACUCCCUGUGCCAGUGAUUGUCCCCGAACUCGCCCUGCGCUCCGUCUCCCUCGCGCUGACAACCAUUCUGUAUGGUUUGUUCCCCGUCGCCGCCAUCGUCGACAAGAUCCUCCCCCGAUGGGCAAGUCGUCGCUUCAUCAACUGGAUCUACACCCGCGUCGGUGCAAAGGGCAAGGCCGACCAGCUCAAGGAAAAGUACAAGGUGGACGAACGGGUGGGCGCUGCCAAGGAGCAGGUGAAGAAGGUACCUUUUGCGAGCGCGGGCAUUCGCACGGACUGGGAUAUCGAGCGUGAUGCGAAGCGGGGGAGGGGUGGGUGGGCGUACCAUUGGUAA